AGAAGUCAGUGAAGACAAGUGCUCAGUGAGUAAGAGGCAUUCAACAAGGAAAGAUGGUCCUCAAGCAGCUUCAUGUUCUCGUAUUUCUGCUGGUAGGCGUAUUCUUCGCGUCUGCACAAAAUGUAAAGGGAGGUCCUUAUCAGCAGACUCACAACGAGGCAGGAUACUGCUACAAAAGGAUUCCAUAUCACGAGGCAUUAUCUCUAUACAAUAACAAUGCAACGUAUGCACCAGCCGGAUAUGGGCAACCUGCCAGACCGAAUUGGAAUGAUUCAUUGAGCAAUGGCUAUGUGACAGUGCUGGAUUGCUGUGAGGGUUAUCGAAAAAAUCCAGCCACAGGGCGAUGCGAAUCUGGAUCCAACAGCUGUGUAGGUGGAUGCUUCGGUGGUUCUUGUGUCCGUGGAGUCUGUACCUGCGAGAGCGGAUGGAUUGCCUCCGAGGGGAUUUGCAAACCUUUCUGCAGAAAUCCAUGCCCAGUAAAUGCCUACUGCUUCGCCCCCGACUAUUGCGACUGCAAACUUGGAUGGGAGAAAUUACCCAAUGGCGAGUGUAAGCCUAUUUGUCCUGGUGGCUGUAUUAAUGGCGACUGCGUUGCACCGAAGGUAUGCCAGUGCAGACCUGGUUAUAUUUUGAAUCAACAGCUCCAGAGGUGUGACGCCGUUUGCGAGGGUGGAUGUCCACACGGGGAGUGUAAAGCUCCUGGAGUUUGCUCCUGUUACCCUGGGUAUACCAAUCCACCUGGUGAUCGUGAAACGUGUAGACCUGAUUGUCAACCCCUGGGAUGUGACAAUGGCCAGUGCAUCUCUCCAGGAAUGUGUGUCUGCAACAUAGGGUACAUCAAGAAUCUGGCGAAUUACUGUACACCGGAUAUGACCCUGUGCCCAAGAGGCUGUCCAGCGAAUGCUGGCUGCGUUGCUCCAAAUCUGUGCGUCUGCAAUCCAGGAUUGACAAUGGACCAACAGACCAACAGAUGCGUUCCAGUGGGAGGCUAUCAACCUGGCUCAGGUGGUUACAAACGUCCAGGGAGCAACAACCAGACUGGAGGCUACCAACCAUAUCCAGGAAAUUAUAAUCCAUCUGGAGGGUAUCAGCCUGGUAGUGGGGACUACACUCAAGGAAAUUACGGCAACGUUCACUGCGACAGGCCCUGCGUCAACGGUGUCUGCAUGGGGUAUAAUAUCUGCAGCUGUAAUCCUGGUUACGAGCAAGAUCCUCUCGACCCAUCCAGGACACACUGCAUCCCAUCCUGUCCUGGCGGCUGUCCCAAUGGCUCGUGUUCAGCGCCAAACCGCUGCCUCUGUAAUCCUGGGUAUGUUAAAGAUAGAAGUGUCAAGGGCAGCCAGCGGUGCAUCCCCAAUUACUAAAGCCAAAGGUGAAUUUGUUGGGAGCACGCGCAAUUAAUUAUUCAACAGUGUAAUUGAAACUGGAUCUUUUCUGAAAUAAAUAUCAAAGGAAGGAUUUCA